AUGGAAAAGAGUCGCAAGGAGAUGCAUAACGCUGGCCUCGUCGAGGUGCCCUGUCUUCUGCCGACGCGAUGGUGGUUUGCCAGUACUGUGUUCCCCCUGCUAGCAAUGGCGGUACAGGGAACACUGGGUCCGAUGGCGAACGCCUUCAGCAUCUGCUCGCUCUCCCAGGACUGGAGAGCAGAGAUAGGGACCGUUGCAACCGGCACAAUUCCAAGAACCGUUAAAGACCCAUCAUGGGCGAUUGUGAUCAACUCUGUCUCUCUCGGCUUUGCUUUGGUUUCGAACUUGUCUCUUCUACUGAACAUGGCACGACGAAUAAGCUUCACUAUCAGCCAGCCUAUAACAAUAGGCGGGUGGUAUGUUGCCUCGAUUCUGCUGAUUGGGCUAACUGCUGCGAUGCCUCGGGUGACUGAUAUGGACGGGAGACAGAUGACCCAGGCGUACUACUACGCCAUCAUGGCCGCUGCCAACUACUUCUUUGUCUCCUCUCUCCUGCUUGUCACAGGUUACGGCGCCAGAACCGGGCGUUAUAGCAAACAAUUUAAUCUAACCACUAGCCAACGGUCACUGAUGCUGCAAACAAUACUCUACAUGAUGUACCUGCUGAUAGGUGCUGCCAUCUUCUCCAAGGUUGAAAACUGGAGCUACCUCGAUGCUGUGUACUGGGCUGAUUUUACUCUUCUUACGAAUGGGAUCGGCGAUCUCGCGCCGUCCACCCAUCUUGGCCGAAGCCUCUUGUUCCCAUUUGGUGUUGGAGGGAUUCUCACUCUUGGCCUGGUCGUCAUGUCCAUCAGAUCGUUGAUGGUCGAGAGGGCAAGGACGCAACUCACUGUGAGGACAAUGGAAAAGACGAGAAACGUGGUGACAGAGCAGCUGCAGUCAGGAGAUACGAAGAAGCGGGUGCUAAGACCACUGGCGGAUCAGGGUAGUACGUUGUCUGAAAAGCAACUCCAGCGAGAAGAGUUCCAUCUCAUGCAUCGUAUACACAAGACCUGUGCCUGGCAGCUCCGGUGGCUUUCACUUCUCAUCUCAGUUUUGGCAUGGGCAAUACUCUGGCUAAUCGGCGCUGUUGCCUUUUGGAUGGCGGAACAGGAAUCUGGCUGGACUUAUUUUACAUCAAUAUAUUUCGCCUAUGUGAAUCUCCUUACCAUCGGUUAUGGCGAUGUGACCUUGGGUCAGACCUGGGGGAAGCCAUUCUUCGUUCUAUGGUCACUUCUAGCUAUCCCCACAACCACUAUUCUGAUCUCGAGCAUGGGCGAUACUGUCGCAAAAAUAUUCCACGACGCCACUAUUUUUGCUGGUGAUUUGACUCUAUUCCCAUAUGAGGCCGGUAUUAAAAACCGACUAUUCACGUUCCUCCGCGGUAUGAUUGAGUCUAUCCGACGUCGAGGACGCUUUACAGAGAAUAAUAAUGGUACCCAACCCAUAAGCGACCAUCCCCAUACAUAUCAUUCUGCUUCGAUGAUGGAGAAAACGGCUCCCCAAGAUACAGAACUCGAGGAAAUACGCCCGCCUUCACAAAGAUGGUGUGCAAUAGUUCACGAGCUUGGGAAGAUCUACAAUGACCUCUCAUGCAAUCCGCCAAAACAUUAUAGCCAUGAUGAAUGGUGCUACUAUCUAGGCCUGAUGGGAUGUGCUGAAGGCUGCUGCCCCUUCACCCAGAUACCUCCUGAGGACACCCAAAUAUCAACGCCUGAGAGAGCCCGUCUUCUAGCAGAGAAACCCCCUGGUCUUAGUAUUGGGGAGAAAUGGAGUUGGGUCGGAGUAAAAAGCCCGCUGACAGGGGACAAAAACGAAGCCAAAUGGCUAUUUGAAGCCCUAUUGUUCACCUUAGAGGAAGAGGUAAAGUCUCAGUGCAAUACAUCUUAUAGCAAGACUAAGGGAGGGAACUACUGUGCUACUGUCUAG